CUCUGUUACUCUCUCUUUCAAACAAGAAAACGUGUCCCUAUCCAAACAAAAAACGUGUCCCCUUCAAUGGCUUCCUGUCACUGCCAUCAUUAUUGAUCAUCAUUUUCGACCACGAGGAGUCAAUUUCUGAGCUUGUCUACUAGCAAUAUUUCAGGGGUCGAUUCUUCUUUCUUAAUAGUGUCAAAAAGAGAGAGAUGGGCUUCGUUCUGGGUUUCAUUUUAGGUGCUGCGUUAGGCCUUGGUUUGAUAGUUGGGUUUGCUCGAUAUCAACAUAUCAGAUCCAAAAAUCGCUCUGAUUUGGCAGCAACCAUUGCAGCUUUUGCAAGGAUGACUGUUCAGGAUUCCAGAAAACUUCUGCCACCCGAGUCCUAUCCUUCUUGGGUAGUCUUUACACAGCGACAGAAGUUAACUUGGCUCAAUCAUCACCUUGACAAGCUCUGGCCAUAUAUUAACGAGGCAGCUUCUGAAUUGAUAAGAAGCUCGGUUGAGCCAACCCUUGAGGAAUACAGACCCGCUAUCAUAGCAUCUUUGAAGUUUUCAAAGUUGACCCUCGGUACUGUGGCCCCACAAUUUACAGGAAUUGCCGUGAUUGAUGGUGAUGUUGGGGAAAUUGUUAUGGAGUUGGAGUUGCAGUGGGAUGGAAAUCCCAGCAUUAUAAUCGACAUCGAAACCAGAGUUGGAGUUAAACUACCAAUACAGGUCAAGAAUAUUGGAUUUACCGGGGUUUUCAGAUUAAUGUUCAAACCCCUGGUUGAUGAAUUUCCUUGUUUUGGAGCUGUAUGUUACUCCCUGAGACAAAAGAAAAAUCUGGAUUUUACCCUCAAAGUUGUUGGUGGUGAAAUCACAGCAAUUCCUGGAAUAUCUGAUUCUAUUGAGGAAAUGAUACGAGAUGCCAUUGAAGAUUCUAUCACCUGGCCAGUUCGUAAGAUUGUUCCCAUAUUACCAGGAGACUAUAGUGACUUAGAGCUAAAGCCUGUUGGAAUACUAGAUGUGAAGCUUGUAGAAGCUAAGGAGUUGACAAACAAGGACUUCAUUGGGAAAUCUGAUCCAUAUGCAGAAUUGUUCAUACGCCCGCUGCGCAACAGGACAAAAACUAGCAAAACAAUUAACAACCAAAUAAACCCAAUUUGGAAUGAACAUUUUGAGUUCAUAGUUGAAGAUGCCUCCACUCAAAACUUGACAAUAAGGAUUUAUGACGACGAAGGGAUUCAAGCUUCUGAAUUCAUUGGUUGUGCUCGAAUUUUGUUGAAGGACCUUCAACCUGGGAAGGUUAAAGAUGUCUGGUUGAAACUUGUGAAAGAUUUGGAGAUUCAAAGGGAUACAAAGAACAGGGGUCAGGUUCAUUUGGAGCUUUUAUACUGUCCUUUUGGGAGUGAGAGUGCAUUGCUGACUCGCUUCAACCCCGACUUUAGAUUGACUGACUUGGAGAAGGCCCUUAAGCAGGAUAUUGACUCUGAUGAUACAGAAAAACCUGCUUUACACAGGAAAAGGGACGUUAUCGUCAGAGGAGUUCUCUCUGUCACAGUAAUAUCUGCAGAAGAUUUACCAGCUACUGAUUUUAUGGGAAAAUCUGAUCCAUUUGUGGUACUUGAAAUGAAGAAGUCCAAACAGAAGAACAAGACGAGGGUUUUGAAUGACACCUUAAAUCCAGUUUGGAAUCAAACCUUUGACUUUGUUGUGGAGGACGGAUUGCAUGACUUGUUAAUGUUGGAAGUCUACGACCAUGACACAUUUGGGAAGGAUAAAAUGGGAAGAUGCGUCAUGACACUGACAAGGGUUAUACUGGAGGAAGAAUUUACAGAUGUUUUCCCAGUAGAUGGUACUCCUUCCGGGAAGCUGAAUCUGCAUCUCAAGUGGACACCGCAGCUAAUAGUGAAAGAGUGAAGGCUGUAAUGAAAUGUGAAAUAGAUGUCCAAUAUGUUCUGCUGUGUUUCUUAGAAAAUCUGCUUGAGCACUCACGAGUAUCGAUGAGAACUAAGGAGAAAUUGGGGGGGGGGGACGGUGAAAAACCUCCAUUUGACAGGGGUGUUGGAGUUUUGUAUGUUCAAGGGAGGAGUAGAUGUGGAGGAUGGAGGAAAUUAUGGGGGAUCAGGUUUUGCUCAAUCAUGUAAAGUUUCACAUUGUUGUAAUUGCAAUCAUGUUUUGUUUCGAAAAGAUCACAGAAAAACUCAUUGUUCCUAUAAUCAUUCUAUUCAAAGUGUGAUUUUAUGCUC